AUGGCAGCCAUGCCUCAAACACCGCAUAAAGAUGACCUCCCCGAAACGUGGUCGUUCCUCGAGGCGGGAAUCGAUAAUGUGAUGAUGAAGCUGGAGGAAGGAGUUGACAUGAAGCAUUACAUGGCUCUUUACACCGCCGUCCACAACUUUUGUACCUCACAGAAAGCCGUCACCAGCAGUCAAGGUCUACAAGCCCACCGAGGAGCACACCUCUUGGGCGAAGAACUUUACAAGUUGUUAGGCGAGUAUCUAUCGCGCCAUCUGGCUGUCGUCUACAAGGAAUCUCAAAGUCACGCCGAAGAAGCUCUUCUAGCAUUCUACAUCCGCGAAUGGUCCCGGUACACCACCGCCGCCAAAUAUAUCAACCAUUUGUUCAGCUACCUCAAUCGACACUGGGUGAAGCGCGAGAUCGAUGAGGGCAAAAAAAAUGUUUACGACGUCUACACUUUGCAUCUCGUCAAGUGGAAGGAGGAUUUCUUUGAGCAUGUUCACGAGAAGGUGAUGGAUGCCGUGCUAAACCUCAUUGAGAAACAGCGCAACGGCGAAACCAUCGAACAAUCCCAGAUCAAGAGCAUCGUUGAUUCAUUCGUCUCUCUGGGCCUGGACGAGAACGAUAGCAAGAAGCCCACCCUCGAAGUCUACCGAACCUACUUCCAGACGCCGUUCAUCGCAGCCACCAAGCAAUAUUACGAAAACGAAUCCCGACAGUUUGUGGCAGAGAACAGCGUUGUCGAGUACAUGAAGAAGGCGGAGGCUCGACUUGCAGAGGAGAAGGAUCGGGUCGGCCUUUAUUUGCACCCUGAUGUCACCAAGCUACUUACCGAGACGUGCCUCGACGUCCUUGUCACUGCCCAUUCCAACUUGCUUCGUGAUGAGUUCCAGAUUCUCCUGGACAAUGAGCGUCAGGAAGACCUUGCCCGGAUGUACCGACUCCUAUCUCGCAUCAAGGAGGGACUGGACCCUCUGCGUGCUACCUUUGAAAACCAUGUGCGACGAGCUGGCCUAGCUGCUGUUGAGAAGGUCGCAUCGGAGGGUGAUAACUUCGAGCCCAAGCUCUACGUGGACGCCCUUCUACAGGUCCAUACCCGGUAUCAAAAUCUCGUUGACGAGGCUUUCAAUGGCGAAUCUGAGUUUGUGCGUUCUCUCGACAAUGCUUGUCGCGAGUUUGUCAACCGAAACCGCAUCUGCAAGACAACAACGACUCGCUCUCCAGAGCUCCUGGCAAAAUACACCGAUGGUCUAUUGAAGAAGGGUUCCAAGGCUGCGGAGGAGUCCGAACUGGAGGAGAUGCUCACGCAGAUUAUGACUGUCUUCAAAUACAUCGAGGACAAGGAUGUUUUCCAAAAGUUUUAUUCUAAGAUGUUGGCGAAACGCCUGGUGCAUGUCAGCUCGGUGUCCGACGAUGCAGAGACCAGCAUGAUCAGUAAACUGAAGGAGGCUUGUGGUUUUGAAUACACCAACAAACUGCAGCGCAUGUUCCAGGACAUUCAACUCUCCAAAGAUCUCAACUCGAAUUACAAGGAUCACCAAGAAAAGACCUAUGAUGACGACGACCGCAAAAAGAUGGUCGACUCGCACUUCCAGAUCCUUGGAACUGGCUUUUGGCCUCUCAAUCCUCCCACGACCCCCUUCAAUGCUCCCACUGAGAUCAACAAGACCUGCGAGCGGUUCCAGCAAUUUUACUUCGGCAAGCACAAUGGUCGUAAGCUGACCUGGUUGUGGCAACUCUGCAAGGGCGAAGUUAAAGCGAAUUACAUUAAGAACGCCAAGCUACCCUACACCUUUCAAGUGUCGACUUACCAAAUGGGCAUCUUGCUGCUGUUCAAUGAGACUGACACCAUGGGCUAUUCCGACAUCCAAAAAGCGACAGCACUCGGCCCUGAAGUCCUUGAUCCUAACCUCAGUAUCCUUUUGAAGGCGAAGGUGCUCCUGGCAAGUCCGGAGGGUGCCAAGCCUGACCCCUCCACCACUUUCUCCCUCAACUACAACUUCAAAAAUAAGAAAAUCAAGGUCAAUCUCAACAUCCAGAUUAAGUCGGAGCAAAAGCAAGAAUCGGAUGAUACCCACAAAACCAUAGAAGAGGACCGGAAACUUCUGCUCCAGUCGGCCAUCGUCCGUGUUAUGAAAUCUCGAAAGAAGAUGAAGCACGUGCAACUGGUGCAAGAAGUCAUCCAGAUCGUCAAAUCUCGCUUCCCGCCCAAGAUCCCCGAUAUCAAGAAAAACAUCGAAGCCCUCAUGGAAAAGGACUACAUCGAGCGUCUAGACGGGGACGAAAUUGCUUACAUUGCUUAA